CUUAUGUAUGGCAACUUUACAAAGGUUUAUUUUUCUAUUUAUAGCCAUACAUACAUACAUAUUCUAAAAAUUGUAAUGCAUUUUAAAGUUUGUAACUAAGUGACUAUUUAGUUGUUUCAAAGUUCCUUUGAAAACCUACAGAAACAUACGUCGAAUAUUACUUGAUGCAAAAUAAGAACCAUGAUCCCGACUACGAGAAUAAGUAUCUUUGCAAUAGUUUGCUGUUCACUAGUAUACUUAAGAAGAAAACGCCAGAGGAAAAAAUAAAGAAAAUUAAAAAGUAUUUAGAACUUGGGGCCGAUAUCAAUGCAAUUGAAGGUAACUAUAAAGACAAUACACCCUUACAUCUUGCGGUAAUCAAAGAAGAACCAGAAAUUGUUGAAUUUCUUUUACAAAACGGUGCUCAAUAUAAGAAAAAAAAUUACGAUGGUAAAUCUGCUUUAGACCUUGCUCGUUCAGAAUUUCCAAGUGGAAAUAUCAUAAAAAGAAAAGAAAUUAUUACACUAUUAGAGACGUUUGCUGACAACAAUUUAAAACCUGUUAACAUUAGUAAACCUCCUAAGCGCCCUGGCUGUCCAUUUAUCAUCAAUGUAAACGAUGGAAACUCGGAGGAAGCUAGUAACACUCGAGAUAGCAAAGAUACCCGAGAAAAUUUCAGUCAACCUUCUACUUCACAAGGUGAAGAUAAUACUAAUCCAAUUGAAACCAAGUUUAUUAAAAAUGAAGGUGUGGACUCCAUCGAAAAUUAUUUCAACCAACCACAUUGUAGUAAAGACUUAUUCUUUUCUAGUCCACUUGACACUAAUUUUAAUGAAAGUGUUAAGGCGAGAAUUGAUGAAGUCACAAAUAUGCUCGAAAAUCUUGUUAUUCGCGGCGUCAAUGAACCGGAAUUGAAGCAAACAGGAGAACACGAGGAACAAGUUCACUGGAGAGAAGAUUUAGAAAUACCUUCUAGUAAUCGAGUCCCCGACGUUGUUUUAACAGAGGAAAGUAAAUUUAAGAUCUCUUGUAAUGAUGAUGCUUCAUCCAAAGAUAUAAUAUCUGUAGGAAAUAAUCUUAAAAAACCAGAACGUAAAAUAUCAUAUAUACAAAAAAACAUUGAGGCUAUUUCAAAAAAGACUAAUAAAUCUAAGGCCCCUGAAAGUAAAGGAAAAUAUAAUCUGUCUUCAAUGAAAGAUGAAAAGCCUACAAAAGGGGUUAGAUCAUCACUAAAUAGGAAAGAUUUAAAUAUAAUAUCUUCUAGUCCCCAAAAUAUUAUUGAUCCUGACUUCAAAACAUCCAAAGAAAAUAACUUAAGUUCAGCUAAGGAUAAAAAACCUUUAAAAAAAAAUGUGAGUCUGUUUAAAGAUGGUAAUGAUUUAAAAAUGCGUCAACAACAAAAUGUGAUUACUUCAUUACAAAAGCGUGAUUCUCAAACUUCGAAAAAUAAAGUAAGUACGGUUCUGAGUACAGAAAAUUGUUAUAUUAAAGCAAGUUCGGCAUAUAUUGGUACUAAGACCAGAAUGAAUACUGAAAAGAAUGUAGGAACAGAUCUUAAACAACCACGACUGAGUAAGCAUUUGAAAAUAUCUUCUAGUCUACCAAAACCUGAGAAUGUUUUGUCACAGAGGUAUAAUGCUAAAACCUUCAAAAAUAACGAAGUUAGUAAGAUUGUUGAAAUUACAAGUGAUAUUGGUGCUAAAAUGAAAACAUUUAAAGAUGAGAAAGACAGUUUAAUAAAAAUAAAAGAACAAGUGAAAAGUUUUAAACAAUCACAUAACAGUAAAAAAUUAAAAAUGCUAUCGAGCCAACAACACACCAGUGCUGCUUUCGUAAAUAAUAGUAAUUCUUGGAAGACAGUCAAGAAUAAAAACAUUGAUAGUCAUAUUGAUAGCGCAAAAAACACACAUAAAGAAAAAGAAGCUGAUUCAGUCAAAUAUAGUAAAAUCAUACCAAAUGAUUUUAUACAACCUCAAGACAGCAACGAUUUAAAUAUCGUUUCUAUUCAACAAGCCACUGCGGUUUUGGCAACUGCUAAGAGUAAUUCUACGAACUUGACAAAUGAAGAAAAUAGAAAGAUCAUUGACAGUCCAAAGAUUUGUGACGUUGGUGUCGAAACAAAUACUGUUAAAGACAAAGAAGUUGGAUUAGUUGAAGAUAUUAAUUUCACAGGAAAUAAACAUAAAAAACUACAAGAUACUAAAGAUUUCUUAACAUCUUCGAAUGAAUGUGAAAUUUUGAGCUGUUGUUACAACGAGGAUUUAGACCAUAGUAUUUCCAAAUUGUCUAGUAAUAAAGAUCUCAAAGGCACAGUGGUCCGUGAUGUUAGCCAAGUUCCGAUUGUUUUAGUUUCAACAAACAACGAAAGUUCAGUACAAACCAAUGACCUUAAUCCAUUAUGGAAUAGUUCACAAGAAGUUGAGUUUAAUUUGACACAAGAGCGUAAUCGAAAGGGCUUAAAAAGUAAUAAAAACUAUAAAAAAGUUGUAAGUGACGAAAAUCAAAUACAAAUAGAUGUUAAACAAUCACAAAAUAGCAACGACUUAAACAUAUUUUCUAGUCAACAACAAGCUAAAGUUACUUCUUUAGAGCAGGAUAAUUCUCAGUCUUCACAUGAUGAAAGAAACAUGAAAAAUGUAGAGAGUACAUACCUAAGCGAUAUUACUGCCGUAACUAAAACAUUUGAAGAGUGUAAAACUGAAUUAAACAAUGAUCUUCAAUAUUUACAGGACAGUAUAGAUGUAAAUUUAAACAUAUCUUCUAAUCAACAAAAGACAAAAGCUACAGAAAUUUCAAAUAAAAUCUUUAAUAAAGAAACCAGUGAAAUUCUUGAGACUUCGAAAAUGUUUGACAUUGACGAUGUAACCAAAAUUUUUAAAGAAAAUAAAAGUGAAUUAGUCGCAGAUAAACAACCCAUUGACAGUGAACUGAAUGACCUACAAGAUAGUAAAGAUAUACAAAUAUCAUCCAAUAAACAAAAAAUAGCUAUAGAAAAUAAAAAAGAAUUUAAAGGUAAAGAUAAAAAUUCCAAACAAACUGUUUUAAUUGAUCGUAAACAAGAUUUGGAUACUAAAGAUUUAAAAAUAGACGAACAACGCGUUGAAAACAAAACUCAUAAACAAAAGAAACCUAAUCCAGCCAAAUUUAGUACUGUCAAAAGUGAUAUGCAACGUAAUCACAAUACAGACUCAAACACAUGUUCUAGUCAACAAAGCAACGACGCUGCUCCAAAAAUGAAAGCUAAUUCUAAAACCUCACAAAAGAAAGAAGAAACUAAAAUGCAAAAGAAUGCCGGUGACAAUAAGGUGAAGAAAGAAGGUUCAACAAAAGAUAAAAACAUCGUAAAUAAUGACAUGAAACAGGAAUCAAAUAGUAAAAAAAGUAACAAGAAAAAAGUAUUUCUCUAUCCCAAAAGAACUGGAACUUCUGGACUGAGUGGACAAUUGUAUGAAACAAAACUGUUGAGUCUCAUUUUACUACGAUCAUUGUAUGUUCAAGAGGUACCUAAAUUCUUUAUUGGGACCAACGCUGAGAAUAUGGGUGCUUUUGAUGAUGUUGUCUUUAGAUAUUAUUCAAGUAAUGAUCAAAAACCUAGUAUGAUGUUUUUACAAGCGAAACACAGAGAUAAUCCUGCAAAAGAAAAAUUUACAGUCGACGAAUUAAAGAAAUUGAAUGGUGAUUUCAGUUUACAUAAAUAUUUAGAAAGUUAUAUAAAAAUAAGUCAAAUGUUUACGCUAGAUACGAAAGAUGACAUGUUCAUUGGAGAGUUCAAAAAUAUAGACUGUGAAUUCAUAAUUUACACUUCAGCAUUUGAGAAUUUUUCUAAAAUGAAAGAAACUGAACAAAGCAAAGUAAAAAGUUUUAUAAAUACCACAGACGGAAAGGUAUUUCAGUUUAACUAUGACGAAGAAGACGUAGAAAACCUUAUAGUCACAGUAGUAAAAUCGCGUGCUGUUCUUUUAGCAAAAAGACUUUCAAGAUUUAUUUUUAAAGAUAAUAAUAACUACAGUAACAUGAUGUUGGACGAAUUGAUUAAAACGUAUCAUGUAUUCCUUGCUAGACAUAUUAUAGAUGUUCAACUCACAGGAGAAGAGGCGCCCAAAUUUUAUAACGCAACAUUUAGAGAAAGUUUCUUAACAAGUGAUGGUACUUUAUUAAUAGCUUUUAAAAAUACUCUUUGUAAAGAAGCAAUACAAUUAAAGAAAGGUAUAGGCACGGAGAACGUUGAAGAGGUGGAGAGUAUGUUGAAAACGUAUACUUUUAAAGUUCCUAUUGCUUUUGGCAAUUUAAACUUUUGUUUCACUGGUAACGAUCAAAAAAGGGAUAAGAAACUUGAAUAUCUUUGCUCACUAUUUAAAAAGCUUCUUGAAAUCGGUGAGUUCUCCAUUGACAACAAUAUUAUGAUUAAAAUAGAUGACGAUAAAGUCGGCCCCAACGAAAUUUUGCAGAGUACUGAUUUAGAGACGUACAGGAUAGGUGGUCUAGUUGGCAAUCUGCUAAUAUUAGAUGAAAAAACAAUGACGUUGAAAUUUAAUUUUGAUCUAGAAACUUUAUCUCCAGAUAAUAUAAAAAUUUUAGAGAGAUUAAGAAAUGAAGUAUUUAUAGAAACAGAUCCCAGUAAAUACAGAUUUGACAUAAAUGUUCAUCGAUUUCCUAGAUUAUCUUUGGUUCACGAAAAAUAUGAUAAAGGACUAAUAAAAGAUUUUCUUGAUAAACUUAUUUUUUAUACGAAUCAGGCAACAGAGGACAAAGUUGAAGAUAUUGUAAAAAAAGAAAUAGAUCAUUUCUUUGUCGGUAAUAUUCCUAGACAACGUGACCAAUUAUUUAAAGUGAAAAGUCAUGCUAUUUUUUUAAAAACUCAUGAUCUUAUACAAAAAUGGUGGAAGAUUUCUGGUGAAGCCCCGUACCUGACAGAAUCUUGUAAAUAUUUUAUAGAUGCAGAACAAGAUGUCCUUAAUAGUCCCUUAUUAAGUAUUCUUAAUUUCACGUACACAAAAACAAUAAAAAAUACAAUGUGUGAGAUUAAAUUUAAAGAUGUAAUAUCAGGCUUCUUUCAUUUAAAUAGUUUUUUAGAAGGGACAAUAAAAAUAAUGAUAAUAUCUACUGAAGAGAUCGCUCUGACCAGUAUGAAGUUACUUCAAAAUUUUAAAGAUAAUCACUACAGUGAUUACACCUUUAUUGAUUUGGAUUAUAUAACCAAUAGUAAUUAUUUUGCCGAUGUUAAAGUAGAAGUAAAAGAAUCCAAAAUAGAAACGUUAAUAAUAGUUUGCAAAGGUGAACAUUAUUUUGCAGAACUUAACCUGUUAAUCAAGUAUUUUAAAGGCAAAAUAAUUUUAAUUUCUAAUAGGGAUUUAAUUCAUCAAAUUGAUGGAAUAGCGAUUGAAAAUAUUGCCACCACGGUUGAUCUACAAAUAGGUUUUGAAGACCUAGAUGAUACUAUGUGCGAAAUGUUGCAAAACGAAAGAUUUAUCAUUUUUCAAGGAAAGGAAGUUAAACUUGGCGUGUUGUUCGAAGAUCAGUCGUAUCAGCUACUGAAUUCUAAUGUUCUUUAUCAAAUUAUAAACAAUGAAAAUACUAUAAUUGGCAGACAUUUUAAUAACCCAUCAUAUGAUGAAAUACUAGACUAUUAUAUUAAGGAGAAAGUAUGUCGGUAUGUAACAUUAGACAAAAAUAUUGAAGGUAAUGAUGAUUUCCAAGUUGUAGAAUAUGAUAAAUUAGGAGACGAUUUUAAAGUCAGUGCAGCAGAUAUUGUUUUAAUUACAGAUAAUGAAAACGAUUAUGUAAAUUUUAAAGAAAAGUUUGAAACUUGUAACAUUCAUUGGUUUCGUAACGAUGAAAAUUUUCUUGUUUGGCAACAAUCACAUGGCGAUUUGUCAAAUAUGCUAAAGCAUGUUAAAAAGAAUUCACACAACGCCUAUAGAUUACAACUCAACACUCUGAAAGACAUGAAGGAGAAAGUAGUUAUAAUAAGCGCUGAGCCCGGAAUGGGUAAAUCUUCUUUACUUACACAUUUAGCAAUAAACACGAAAGAAAAAUACCCCGCGCUGUGGAUUUCUAAAAUUAAUUUAUUGGAUUUCAUUAAUGAGUUAAAAAGUUUCGAGCAACAUAAAAUUAAAAUUGAUUUCAAAGAAGUUGUAAAGUUUUUAUUUCGAGCAAUUGGUUUCGAAGCUAGUAAAGAUAGAACAUGUGAUUUCCAACUAGUCAUUGAUCAAGUUUCUGUUAAAAACCAAGAUAUUUGUUUAAAUGUGGAUAAGCAGGGAAGUAAUGUCAGUGGACUAAAUUUAUUUGAGAUGCAGUUAUUUGUACACUGUUUUAAUAACAACAGAGUAGCUUUGCUAUUUGAUGGUUUUGAUGAGAUUUGUCCCGACUAUGCAAAUGAAUUUAUGCAAAUAGCAAAUAUUCUUAGAAAUUCAAAACUUGCUCAUUUGUGGAUCACUAGUCGUUUAUAUAAUGUACUGCAUCAGUUGGAAAGUGUUAUGCAGACGUUUUCUUUUACGAUAGAGCCAUUGUCAGAGGACGACCAACGGCAAUUUUUAGAGAAAAUUUGGUCUACGAGAAAAACAGGAAAAUCUAAGAUGCUGAGUUAUUUUCCUUACAACGAACCGUGGUGCUUGCAGCAUUUAGUAAAAGGAUUUUUGGCUGUCCUGUCUGCUGUGUUAACUGAUACUAAUAGCAAGUUUAUUAGCAUGCCAUUACAUUUAUAUAUGAUAUCUGAGAUCUUUCAAGACUCUUAUCACACUUUUCCACUCAAUGCAGAGAGUUAUGAAAGUUUCAUAAGCGAACAACAAACUAUGAACAAAAUUAAUUUAAACCAAAUAUAUGAGCGGUUUAUUGAUAUUAAAUUUUUCAAGAUUCGUUUUGGUGAAAAAAAGCCACUUUUGUGUAUCAAUGACCCUGAUAUGCGAAAACUUAUAGAAAACGAGCGUGAUACUUUUUUUUACAAUCAUAAAAUAAUUGCCGCAUACAUAGUAUUUGGGAAGAUGAAUGAUAUAAACUUUCUUGAUGAGAAUGAUAUUAAGCAAAUGCAUGAUUUUAUUGAAAGGAUAAAGUUAGGAGAGGAAAAGACGGGUAUUAUUGAACAAAUUGUACAUAGCGAGCCUAAGUUUGUACAUUACACAUUCGCAGAAUAUUUUGCUACAGAACUCCUUUGUGACAGAUUAAAAACCUUCCAAUGUAAGAGUUAUAUGUGGACAUAUCUGGUUAAUACCUUUCUUGAAUCAGAAGUCGGAGGUCCUCAAAGAUUUUUUAAUGCAAAAUUAGGGAAUCAUCCAAAUCUCUAUAAUGUAAUCCACAACACAGAAUUAAAACCUAUGUUUGAAAACUGGCUCCUACAACAUGAAAAGAUGGCUAAGUUAAUACACACGGCCGUUGAUCAGUAUUUGGAAAACACUGCUUUGUUUUUAUUGAAAUGUUUUGAAUAUGUAUUGAGUGACACAAACCUAAACGACUUUAUAAAGAUUGUGAGUAAAAGUUCUAGAAGUUGUAUUUUAUGCAUUGCGACCAAGAGAAACGCAAGAAAUGUGGUAGCCUUUAUAAUAGACUCAGUAAAAAACGUUAAUGUCAGUCAAAUUAUCGAUUUAUUCAAUUGUUGUGAUCUUCCGUUUUCUAAUCCGUUAUUAAUUGCAUAUGGACCCGAGAAGUGGGACAGUGGUCCCAAACUUGUUUUAAUGGACAAUUUCUUAUCAGAUUUACCAGCUCAGAUGGUGGUAGAAGUUUUUAGUAUGCAGUUUGAUAAAAAAUGGUUUAAUAGAAUUAAAUCUAAGAAUUUCAUACACAUAGUGUCGGAAUCACUAGGUGAUCAAGAUUUAUAUUUUUUUAACAGAGCCUUAGAUAAGUUGAGUGAAGGACAACUGGUACACAUUUUUAAUUUAAAAGAUUCAGAAGAUAAAUUGGCAGCUCACAGAGCUGCUUCUUGUCAGUCCUACAAGUUUUUUGACAAGCUAGAGAGUCUCGUAAAUGAAGAUGAAUUUAAGAAAAUAUGUACAGCACUUGAUAAGGCUGGAUUGACACCGUUACAUUACUUUGCUUACGAUUCUUGGCAUAGUGACAAACUCGAACGUCUCUUAGAUAAAGUUUAUGGCGAUCAAAAGACUGGAAAAUUGACAUUGCAAUAUUUUAUUGACAAAAGAAACAAACCACGAUAAUACCUACAACUAAAAAAUAAAGAUUAAAAAAUACAACACUACUUACUAACACUAGUCGGAAGUCAAACUGAGUUUAAUUUUUCAUGUUUUGUAUAAAAAUAUAAGAAACAAAUGUAUUUGCUUCACUUAUUGUAUAUUUAAAAAUAAUUAUUAGAAGACCACCGAUUGAAAGAAACUAAUAAUUAUUAUUUUAAUGGACACCAUGUUUUUAUUAUAAAACAUUUACUAAAAUGGAAGCAAAAGUUGCAUUUGAUAAUGAUAGAAUUCUACAAAAUUAAUUAUUAUUCAAUGCGUUAAGGAAAAAUAAAACAUCAGAGCAAAUAAUCCAGAAAACCUAAUUUUAUACUUAUACGACCUGUAACAAGAAGAAGGGUAUAAAUAUCAAUUGUACGGUUUCUAGAUAACAUAACAAACGACACGGAAAGGGUUUUUUAAACAUGUUUUCAUGGUACCAUGUUAUGAAUUUUUCCAAUCGCACCGCCGCGCGAAUCAAAAUUAGGUAGACAGGCACUACGUGAUCAGAUUGACAGAAGAAAUGUUUCGUAAUAUUGGCAAGUGAUCUCUGUAGUGUUGUGACACGUUUGUAUGAUUUGAAAUCAAGAACUAUGCGAUACCAAGUAUUUGGUAC